UCAACUUUGACCCGUGUAACGGCGCUGCUGCUGCUGCUGCUGCGGAUCCGCGGCUCCUCCCUCCUGCACGCCGAGAACUCGGACCUCCAUUCAAACACACAACCUGCAGAAAGGGAUGAAAGUCUGCUGGAGAGCGUAGAGCCGCUGAUCAGCGCCUGGAGACGGGGACAAGCAGGAGACCGAGCGCGGAGACCCGGGCUUCACUCUGCAGCCGCAUAGAGAGAGAGAGAGAGAGAGAGAGAGAGAGAGAGACUUAACACUUACAAGUGGUUGCUAGCAAAGCCGUGACACACACACACACACACACACACACACACACACACACACACACACACAGAGAGAGCACUGCAAACAUGGCGAGUGCUUCGUAUCACAUCUCUAAUCUGCUGGAGAAGAUGACUUCAAGCGACAAGGAUUUCAGGUUCAUGGCCACUAAUGACUUGAUGUCUGAGCUGCAGAAGGACUCUAUCAAGCUGGAUGAUGACAGUGAGCGGAAAGUGGUCAAGAUGAUCCUCAAACUCCUGGAAGAUAAAAACGGAGAAGUUCAGAACCUGGCAGUGAAAUGUUUGGGGCCACUCGUGAGCAAAGUGAAGGAGUACCAGGUUGAGACGAUUGUGGACACGUUGUGCACGAACAUGCUGUCAGAUAAAGAGCAGCUUCGAGACAUUUCCAGCAUUGGUCUGAAGACUGUGAUCGGGGAGCUCCCACCAGCAUCCAGCGGCUCUGCCCUUGCUGCCAGUGUUUGUAAAAAGAUAACAGGCCGUCUCACAAGUGCCAUUGCCAAGCAGGAGGAUGUGUCAGUGCAGCUCGAAGCCCUGGACAUCAUGGCUGACAUGCUCUGCAGACAAGGAGGCCUGUUAGUGAACUUCCACCCUUCUAUCCUGAGCUGCCUGCUGCCCCAGUUGACCAGCCCUCGGCUGGCUGUUAGGAAGAGGACCAUUAUAGCUCUGGGUCAUCUGGUCAUGAGCUGUGGGAACCUCGUCUUCGUUGACCUCAUUGAGCACUUACUGUCUGAGCUCUCGCGCAACGACUCCAUGUCCACCACUCGCACUUAUAUCCAGUGCAUCGCUGCCAUCAGCCGACAAGCUGGCCACAGAAUUGGAGAGUACUUGGAGAAGAUCAUUCCAUUAGUGGUGAAGUUCUGUAACAUUGAUGAUGAUGAACUGAGGGAAUACUGCAUACAAGCCUUUGAGUCCUUCGUCAGGAGGUGUCCAAAAGAGGUUUACCCCCAUGUCCCAACAAUCAUCAACAUCUGCCUCAAGUACUUAACCUAUGACCCCAACUACAACUACGAUGACGAGGACGAAGACGAGAAUGCAAUGGAUGCCGACGGUGUUGAUGAAGACUACCAAGGAAGCGAUGAUGAAUACAGCGAUGACGACGACAUGAGCUGGAAGGUGCGGCGAGCGGCAGCUAAAUGCCUGGAUGCCGUGGUGAGCACCCGGCACGAGAUGCUGCCCGAGUUCUACCGCACAGUCUCCCCGGCACUUAUCGCCCGCUUUAAGGAACGUGAGGAGAACGUAAAGGCUGACGUGUUCCACGCCUACCUGUCCCUGCUAAAACAGACACGGCCAGCUCAGAGCUGGCUGUGCGACCCUGACGCUAUGGAACAAGGCGAGACUCCACUCACAAUGCUGCAGAGCCAGGUGCCCAUGAUCGUGAAAGCCCUGCAUAAACAAAUGAAGGAGAAGAGUGUGAAGACCAGGCAGUGCUGCUUCAACAUGCUGACAGAGCUGGUAAAUGUGCUGCCUGGGGCUCUGACUCAGCACAUCCCAGUGCUCGUCCCAGGAAUCAUAUUCUCUCUAAAUGACAAAUCAAGCUCCUCCAAUCUAAAGAUUGAUGCCCUGUCCUGUUUAUAUGUGAUCCUGUGCAAUCACCAGCCUCAAGUCUUCCACCCCCAUGUUCAGGCCUUGGUGCCCCCUGUAGUGGCCUGUGUGGGCGAUCCCUUCUACAAGAUCACCUCAGAAGCCCUGCUGGUCACCCAACAGCUGGUGCGGGUGAUCCGGCCCCUCGACCAAUCGGAUGCCUUUGAUGCCUCGCCCUACAUUAGCGAUCUCUUUGCUUGCACCAUCAAGCGUCUCAAGGCAGCCGACAUCGAUCAGGAGGUCAAAGAGCGUGCCAUCUCUUGCAUGGGCCAGAUCAUCUGUAACCUUGGUGACAGUCUGGGUGCAGACCUCCCAGGCACGCUCUGCAUCUUUCUGGAGCGGCUGAGGAACGAGAUCACCAGACUGACUACGGUGAAAGCUCUGACACUGAUUGCUGGCUCACCACUCAAGAUCGACUUGCGUCCCAUCCUAGCCGAUGCAGUUCCGAUCCUGGCCUCGUUUCUGCGCAAGAACCAACGGGCGCUGAAGUUAAGCACUUUGGCAGCACUGGACAUACUGGUUAAGAACUACAGUGACAGCGUGACGCCAGCCAUGAUUGAUGCUGUGCUAGAUGAGCUCCCGCCUCUCAUUAGUGAGAGUGACAUGCAUGUCUCGCAGAUGGCCAUCAGCUUCCUGACCACACUGGCCCGUGUGCACCCAGAUUCUCUUGCCAAGAUCAGUGGCUCCAUCCUUUCAGAGCUCAUUGCGCUGGUGCGCUCACCACUGCUGCAGGGCGGCGCCCUUGGCGCUAUGCUAGAGUUUUUCCAGGCUCUAGUGGCCACUGGCACGGCCAGCCUGGGCUACAUGGACCUGCUGCGCAUGCUUACCAGCCCCGUGUAUGCACAGAGUGCCUCACUCACCCACAAGCAGUCGUACUACUCCAUCGCCAAGUGUGUGGCAGCCCUCACCCGUGCCUGCCCUAAAGAGGGCCCUGCUGUAGUCGGUCAGUUCAUCCAGGAUGUCAAGAACUCGCGCUCCACUGACUCCAUCCGCCUGCUGGCCCUGCUCUCCCUGGGUGAGGUGGGCCACCAUGUGGACCUGAGUGGCCAACCUGAACUCAAAACCGUCAUCCUGGAGGCCUUCUCCUCUGCCAGCGAAGAGGUGAAGUCAGCUGCCUCUUACGCACUGGGCAGCAUCAGUGUGGGCAACCUGCCUGAGUACUUGCCCUUCGUGCUGCAAGAGAUCUCAGGCCAACCCAAGCGCCAGUACCUGCUGCUGCACUCGCUCAAGGAGAUCAUCAGCUCAGCAUCAGUAGGCGGCCUCAAGCCGUACGUGGAGAGCGUGUGGGCUCUGUUGCUCAAACACUGCGAGUGUACAGAGGAGGGCACCCGCAACGUGGUGGCAGAAUGCCUGGGCAAGCUCACUCUUAUAGACCCUGAGACGCUACUGCCUAGGCUAAAGGGCUAUCUGUUAUCAGGAUCUUCUUACGCCAGAAGCUCGGUAGUUACUGCUGUAAAGUUUACAAUUUCAGACCAUCCACAGACAAUUGAUCCCCUACUGAAAAACUGCAUAGGUGAUUUCCUGAAAACAUUGGAAGACCCAGACCUUAACGUGCGACGAGUGGCCCUGGUGACAUUCAACUCUGCAGCCCACAAUAAGCCCUCACUUAUCCGAGACCUGUUGGACACUGUACUUCCUCACUUAUACAAUGAGACCAAAGUGCGCAAAGAGCUGAUUAGAGAGGUUGAAAUGGGUCCGUUCAAGCACACAGUGGAUGAUGGGCUGGACAUCCGGAAGGCUGCUUUUGAGUGUAUGUACACUCUUCUAGACAGCUGCCUCGAUAGACUUGACAUCUUUGAAUUUCUUAACCAUGUCGAAGAUGGACUCAAAGACCAUUAUGAUAUCAAGAUGCUGACAUUCCUGAUGCUGGCCCGACUCUCCACUCUGUGUCCUAGUGCUGUGCUGCAGAGGUUGGACAGACUGGUAGAGCCUCUCAGAGCCACAUGUACUACAAAGGUAAAGGCAAACUCUGUAAAGCAGGAGUUUGAAAAGCAGGAUGAGCUGAAACGAUCAGCCAUGCGGGCGGUGGCGGCUCUGCUCACCAUCCCCGAGGCGGAGAAAAGCCCCCUGAUGAGCGAGUUUCAGUCACAGAUCAGCUCCAAUCCUGAGCUCGCUGCCAUCUUCGACAGUAUCCAGAGGGACUCCUCAUCGGCCAACAUGGAGUCCAUGGACACCAGUUAAACCACAUCUGGCCCACUCACCACCGCCGCUCGCAAACAAAAAGCUGCAACAAUCCUGGGGGACCCUUUUAUCGUUCCAUGCAUUGCACUGAAUCAACAAUAAUAGGAGGAAAAAAAAAAAAUCGAAAAGCUUAAAAAAGAAGAAAUGGCUUAAAAUAAGAAAAAGCUCAAAAUUAUUAAAAAGGAAGACGUUCACUGUCUUAAGCUUCAAAGCUCAUCACCACAUUCAUCUUUUUGUCCCUUUUUUUCCCCCCCAAAAUAGAGAAAUUGUUCAUCAUUCUUUGUUUUUUCUCUCUUUGAUUGUUGCUGAGUUGAGGGACUUGGACAGACAUCAUAGAGACAGACUGUGUGAGCUUACUUAUGUUAUCGAUGGGGGAGAUUUGUUCUUUUCAUUCUUCACUGUAGACUCUUAUCGGAUUGACAAGGGUACAUGUUAGCGUUGAUCUAAGGACCAUCUUUCUUGUUUAUCAUUUUUCUUACCAGACCAGUUUUAAUGGGUGUUUUUGUACAACAUGAAUGUCAUCUCUUGUCUCAUCACUUUGUCUAAAUUUGCUGGUUGACAGGUCGGUGGGCUCCCAGAGAGAUGUACGUGUUAGAAAUAUUCUAUUAAAGAAAUGGUGGAGUGGUUGGAGGAUGGUGUUUGGCGAGUGAAUACUACUUUAUUCACCCCUUUUUCUUGACCCUAAACAUCAGUUUAACAUUCCCACCAUCUGCAGAUUUACAUGGUGUAAACAGCAUGUAUUAGACAUCCAGUGACCUAAAAUACACUCUGUGUGUGUGUGUGUGUGUAAGAUUUUCUGACAGUUUUGUUUGGCGGAAACAUACAGAAGUGAAAUCUGGAUCAACAUUGCUAUGAGAAAUAACUGCUCUGUAUGGACAUGAGUUUCACACACGUGAAUAAAAAUAUUAGUGGAGA